AUGUUCUCCUCGCUCUUUUCCGGAUCCACACAUCCUCACGCACCCAAUUUCCAUCCUACUGUUAGAACCUCUGAUCCCACUGAAUUAUUUGGCGAGCUCGAACCAAAAGAUUUAGAAUGGACGAUUGGAAGCGGCAUUGUCACUGAGACUCAGACGUGGUACCAUAGCUUGAAGGAUGGGACUUUCUUGCUUUGUCAAAUUAUUCACUCUUCCGUUGGGAUGUGGUAUCCUACCGUUCAGUUUACAUGCAAGAUAUGGAAUCCGGUUACGGAAGAGAAAACAUGGAAAUCGAUCAACGUCGCGAAUUUCGUCACUCCUCCCCCAUCUGCUGGCACGGUGAAGUAUGACAAACGCUCAUCCAGAUCCGACCAAUUCACCAUAAUUCAUAAGUCAACCACAACCGACCCAGGGUUUUCCGAAUCAUAUACCAUUUCCGCUAAUGUUGAUGCCGAGCUGCAAAUAACUCUCGUGGUUUCCCGCCCAGCAUUGAUCCCAGGAUUCAAGCUUGGAAAAGGCCCCAAAGGUGGCUUCUCCUAUUUCGGAGCGGAUGAGAACUCUCCCGAGGGAUACGUUGUUCAUCGCUUCUGGCCAAGGACAUCCUGCAGUGGAAUCGUUGUCCACAAGGGUCAAGCGAUCGAGGUCGAAGGCACAGGAAUGUUCGUUCACGCCAUUCAGGGAAUGCGUCCCGAUCUUAUCGCAGCGAGCUGGAAUUUCUGCGACUUCCAAAGUGACGAACUUGGCGGGACCUCUGCUAUUCAGAUGGAAUUUUCUACUAUUGAUACUUACGGACGUAAGGGCGCAGGUUCUGGCGGCGUCACCGUAAAUGUUGGUUCAGUCGUUAUUGGAGGGAAGCUUGCUUCUGUCACUGGAGAGGUCGUAUUACCCGAGGAGAAGAAAGCGGGCAUACGUGAUGACCUUCCUAUUCAAUCGCGCGCUCGGCACCUGGAACCCGUGCAUGAUCCUAAGACUAGUUAUAAUCAGCCUACCAAGGUCGCUUUCAGUUGGAAAGGUGUUUCUUGUGUACCUGAUGUGAAGGGAGACGUUGCCGCUUCGAUCGUGGUUGAUGUCGGGGGACCAGCUGAACCCAGAGGACUUAUAGAGAAGGUAGACGUCCUUGCGGAAAUCCCUUAUGUGAUCAAAGCAUUUGUAAAUUAUGUGGCGGGAACGAAGCCGUACGUUUAUCAGUGGUUGAAUCCUGCUGAACUCACAGUCACGGCUCCGGCAGCCGUCAUUGAUGGUUCAGGUGAAGGCGAGAAGACCAUCACGGCCAAAGGCACGCUCUUCAAUGAAGCAACUUUUAUCUCUUAACACUUAAUGGGCUGUAAUCAUUCCUAAAUUCCUUCAAGCAUUCCUUGUACUAUUACGCCAGAAACCCAGAAUCAUCAUUGUUACAUUAUGAGCUCCAAGUAAAAUACAUGAGAAGGGGCCU